AUGCACCUUGCUUUGCCAACUCUAAACAUCGGAAGGAGAGAGGGGGAACUGUGUGAAUUGGACUACUUCCUCAUUCAGUUUCACGCAGCCCAGUGGAUACUGCCGAGUCAGCAGGAGAGCGAUCACAGACGAACACAAUGUUCCUUUUCUGAGUGCUCGGAGGACUGUGGGAUUUAAAUAUGGGAAAGUGGUUGAGUAGAGUGAUGUCAGAAGAACUGCAUUAGCAAUCAUCUCUUUGAACUCCUCUGAUACACCACAGGCAUUUUUGUGUCUGACCUAUCAGAAAUGUGAAUGAUUCAUCAGCAUUUCAGACAGAAACAGAUCUCGUCUGCCCUUAUGCACUGUAUAAACACAGCUGGGUUUUUUUCCACUGAAGCAUUGGUCUUAGUAGAUGCAAACACAGUGUGAGUCAAAGUAAUCCAGAACUACAGUAUGACAAAUGUUGUCAUGCAUGAAAUAAUUUGUUUAAGAUUGUUAAUAUAUAAAAAAAUAAUAUAUAAAAAUAAUCAACAUGAGUGAAUAUAAAGGUUUUCGUGAAUAAUGUUGUGAACAAGACAGGAAUGGUUGGAUGUUUUUCUGUCUUUCACUAUUUAAUUCAAGGAUGUAACUAUGAAAAUACAUGUUAUGCAAUUACUCUGUACAGCUUAAUCCCCAAUUGUGUGGCCAUGCCAUGCUAAUGUAAAUGCCAUACGAUCCACCAUUAUUGAUGUGUGUUAAGUUUAAUUUAUGACAUAUUCAGAAUGUACACCCUGUAAUUAGAUAACAUGGUUUCAGAAGCUUUCAUGUUCACCCAAAGGGAUAAGGGAACCCUGGUGCAGGGUUUUGGUAAUCCAAUCCAAACUUGACAGCUGUGACAAGGAUCUCGGAUAGCAUCCUGUUAAUUAGUCCAUGGAACAAUUACAUCAAUGUAAUGUUUGUUUGACUAGUUGUCAAGCCAACACAGACAACUGUAUCCAAUAUGAUAUGUACUGAGAUGAAUCAAAACAACAUUUUAUUCUAGUGCAACAAUAUUUUCUCCAACAGCCAAGAUUUACAUUUAUCAUUUAUUCAUUCAUCAAAAGCAACUUACACAAAUGGGGAGAACAACAUUCAAGCUAUGUAAUGGUGCAGAGGAGAUAGGUGGGAAUUAAUACUGCAUCAAACAAUAUUACCAGAGAAUGAGAGUGCAGAUGUUAGUAGUAGUCAAAGAAGGAGAAAGUGGUAGGGAAGAAGGAGGGAAGAGAGGGAAGGAGAGGGUUACUGUAGUUGUGUUAGGAGAGGAGGUACCUGCGGAGGAGUUAAGUCUUCAAGAGCUUCUUGAAGAUAGACAUGUAUCCUAUAUAUUAUAGUAUAGUUCUGAAUUUACUAAGUAAAUGUAAGACAUCAGAAAUGAUUAAUGAUAAACACUAUUUUGCAUAGUCUACAAAGUCAAUGUUCUUGAAAUCAUAUAUUUUCAGAAUAUAGGCAUUCAACAAUAUUUUCCCCAAGACCAACUGCACAAAUAUGCAUGGUCAAGUCAGCUCCAAGAAACCAGUGAGGUUCUAAUUUCUAUAGCAAAGUCAAUUCCCCUCUGAACCUAACUUGUGCCAUCCACUGUGGGGAAAAAAACAUGAUUGAGUAUGCUCAAGCACAUUUCCUGUAAAAAUCACCAAGUCUUCAUCUGGAUUGAUGGAUGGAAGGCAAGGUAAUUUAUGUUUUGCGUUUCUUGAUGUGUCGCAAGGAAGGUAUUUUUUUCACGGUUCAUUCUCUGUAGAUCCUGCAUGGAAUGUUCCACAAUGGAUUUUCCUCCAGCACAUUCCUCCCCACCCUGGGACCUCUGUUUGUCUAGUCUUGUUCCAAGCCCAGUCCAUUAUCCCAGCUGGACUUAAGAUCCCAUAGGAAGUUAAACAUAUCCUAUUCCAGGAACACAUCAUUCUUCCCUCCUUUUGCCACAUUUUUGCAUAAAGACAUUUACAUUACAAAUGUAAACAAGAAAUCCCUCAAUAAGAGGGAGAUGUUAAGACCGACCUCAGAACAGUUUUAUCAGAAUAUUGAGAGCUGUGGGAUCUGGGAUAAAGGCCUUUAAAAUAAAAAAGCUUCCCAAUAAUAAUAAUAGGCCUAAUGAUUUCACACUUGUGGUUCACAGUCAAUUUUCCUUCAAACUAUAGGUCAUAUGACCGUGGCUGGCUGGCCGACAAGUUAAAAGAAACUAGUCAUACUAGCAAGCACAAUAUACCUUAUGCGUUAUGGGAAGGGAUGGACUUGGGUAAACACUGUUUCAAGGUGCGCCCCGUGCGUAAAGUUGCGCGCCACAGUCAAAAAACUAUCUUUUGGUAUAGCAGGACAGUGCAAACAUGGAAAUGCAUACAGACCAAUAGCACGGAAAUGGCAAACAUACUACUUAAAUUUAACACCCAGAAUUGUUUACAGAUGGGCCACAGAAAGUCUCCCGUUUAAUAGCCAAGUUCACCUAGCCUAAAACAACGUCCUGCCUUUGGUUAAUCUGAUUCGUUUUUCUUGGAUAGCCUAAGCCUACCAAACAUCAAGCAAAUAAAAAAAAUGACCUGUUCACGGUUGGAAAACAAAUAUCUUCACGUUGUUUAGCCUAGGCAAUUCAUAUAAUGUAGCCUAGGCAAUUCAUUGUGCGCCUGGUGUUGUAUCACAAAACGUUUGUGCAGCAAUACGCUUUUAAGAAAGACUGAUCUCUAAUAAUGGAAACGAGGAAAGACAUUUCAGGUCAAAUUGAUUAUUAUAUGUUCACGUAGCGUUUCAAACUAACUGCAGGUAACGUUGCAAUUAUGGGUGUAUGGGCAUUUGCUUAAAAAAGGUUGAGAACCACUAAUCUACAUGCAAAAUUCCCUGAAUAUUAGUGCAGAUUCCCUCUUGUUAAGACAUUGAUGCACAAUGAUAAAUCGCCUCAUUAAACCUCUCCCCGUGUCAGUAUAUCUAUUAUACUCCUCAUAUGGCGUGUGAUUGUAGGCCUGAUUUUUAAGCUAAGCAGCAGCGAUGGUCGUGGCCGCUUAGUGGAAGGGAGACCUCCGGUUAAACCAUAGCGAUCUUGCUACUCAAUGUUUUUCUAAAGGUUGGCUAUCACUAUGUUACAAAGGCAGUGAAAUAUUAGACGAAUGGCCAGUUGGCCACCGCUUGUUAACCCAUUCGUAUAUCAGGCUACACUGUGCAUUUGUUUUAAUUCGUCAGUAUUAUAUCAUAGCAAAGAACACAGUCUGAAUAAAUGGUACAGCCCAAUGGGGGUGAGGGUUUGAAAAUCGUAUUUCAUUAGAUUAUAUCCUGCAUUGUUGGUAUGUGAUGGUAAUACUGCAUUUAAUUACAUGCAAUAUUGGAUAACAUUAAAGUUUAUUACAUUUUUUCAGUACCCCCCAAACUAUUUUUUUUCAUCCCUUUUGGGAGGGUCCAAGUCUCAUCUAGGGGGGUCGGACCCCCCCCAAUACACCGUAAUUCGAACCAUGGACCUCCGCGAAGCGAAGGGGGCGUCUUUCCUGGAUGGAGAAGUGCAUUUGAAACAUUCCAGGCAUAGUUUCAGGAACACCUCACAACCGAGCCAGAUCGUACGUAAGCCCACAUAGCAUUAUAAAAGAGAGGGAGACACGACUUCGGCAGUACAACCGACAGUAGAGGCACUGAGCGCAUGUGAGUUUACAAUUGAGAUUGCAGAGGGAAAGAACAGAAGACAUGCUGGUGCUUUCUAUUACCAUUAUCAUGUAUGGAUGCCUUGCAAUGGCUUCCUCCACAUGCCCUUCAGUGUGCGUAUGUCCCCUGGAAACUCCACGGUGCGAACUGGGAGUCAGUUUGGUGACGGACGGAUGCGGUUGUUGUAAGGUCUGCGCUAGACAGCUGAACGAGGACUGCAGCAACACAGAGCCGUGCGACCACAUCAAAGGACUUCAGUGCAAUUUCGGGGCUAGCCGGGAUGCAACUAAAGGCAUAUGUCGAGCCAAGCUUGAAGGAAGACCUUGUGAAUUCAACAACAACAUUUACCAGAAUGGAGAAACCUUUCAGCCAAGCUGUAAGCAUCAGUGUACUUGCAUAGAUGGUGCCGUGGGGUGCGUUCCACUGUGUCUUCAGGAGCUAUCUGUACCGGCCCUUGGGUGUCUCAACCCCACAUUGGUCAAGGUGCCUGGCCAGUGCUGUGACAAGUGGGUCUGUGCCAACACAGACAAGCAGAACGUGAAGAAAGGCCAAAUCAAACCUGGUCAACCUGAAGACAACUUCACACAGAAGAAUAAGAUGUUCUCCAAAUUCUCCAAAGGAAAUCCUCAAGCAGCUUACAGAGACCAGCCUGUGACCCGCUUGUUGUCUUCUGGUCUGAAGUGUGUCACUCAUUCGACCAGCUGGUCUCCAUGCUCCAAGACCUGUGGCAUCGGGGUCUCUACCAGGGUUACCAACAGCAAUCCACAGUGCAAGCUAGUGAGGGAGUCACGGAUUUGCCAAGUGCGACUCUGCUCUUCAUUCUCACAGUCUAGUUUAAAGAAAGGGAAGAAGUGCAGUCGCAUCGAAAAGCCAAAGCAGCCAGUGAAGCUGACGUAUGCAGGCUGCAGCAGCGUGAAGAAAUACUGGCCAAAAUACUGCGGCUCGUGUCUGGACGGACGGUGCUGCCGCCCAGAGCAGACCAGAACUCUGCCAGUGCAGUUCCAAUGUGACAGCGGGGAGACCUUCACCAAGGACGUGAUGAUCAUCCAGACUUGCAAGUGCAGCUCAGACUGUCCCAUCAGAUUUGAGGGCCCCCUCCCAAUGCACAGGCUGGAGAAUGACAUCCACAGGUUUACUGAUGAUGAGUGACGAAGAGAUCUGUAUAUGAGGCUUGUAUUGGGUACAUUAUACAUUGAACCUCCUGUUAGACAAGAUUACAUGAGCAACUGGGAGGAAAUCUUGAUAACAUGCAGAGAAGUGUGGAAUGUUUUCUGUAUUACUUCAUAAUAUUGGAGCAUCAGUAUUAGCUUCAUGUUGAAGCAUAUUAUCUAUUAUAAUUUAUUAGUAUUAUUUUUUUUUUUAUUGUGAUUGUGAAUUGAUUGUGUAUACAGACAUGUUAUGUUUUGUAUACAGACAACACACAUUGUUGUGACUGUAGGUUUCAUUCUGUUUGUUCAGGUUCUGUUGGUUUGACAGUCAGUGCUGCUUCCAUUGGUUUAUAAAAAAAAUAAUGUUAUAAAUUAAGACCAAGCAGCUGUCUGUGUUUAUGAGUGUAUUUUGUUGUUUGUUUUUAUAUCUAUUUAUUAAUGAUGAGGUCAUAUUUUUGUAUUAUACUUGUAUUUUAUUUACACAAUGUUGACUAUGUGGUGUGAAUAAAAAU